AUGGAGCGCCUACACCUCGCGGUGUCCCACCGCCCGGCUCUCCCCCUCCCCACUCCUCACAACCACCUACGCCGCCGCCAUCUCCAGCUGCAGCCCUCCACUAGUUCUCUCUCCCUCUGCCGCCCCAUCUCCCCUCACAUCUCCCUCGCCCCUCGCCGCCACCUCCAUCCUCUCCUGGCCUCCGCGUCCGCCACCCAAGCUUCAAGCCCCAACACUGAGCCCGCACCGGCGCCGGCCCCCGCCGCGGCCUCGUCCGGCGCGAAGCUGCUCCCCCUCAUCGCCUCCAUCGCGGUCGGCCUCGCAGUGCGAUUCCUGGCGCCGCGGCCCCCCGAGGUGACUCCGCAGGCGUGGCAGCUCCUCUCCAUCUUCCUCUCCACCAUCGCAGGGCUCGUCCUCGGCCCGCUCCCCGUCGGCGCGUGGGCAUUUCUCGGCCUCACUGCUACCGUGGCCACGGGUACGCUCCCCUUCACCGCGGCGUUCGGGGCGUUCACCAACGAGGUCAUCUGGCUCAUCGUCAUCUCCUUCUUCUUUGCACGGGGGUUCGUCAAGACCGGCCUCGGCGACCGCGUUGCUACCUACUUCGUCAAGUGGUUGGGUGGAAGCACUCUGGGUCUAUCCUACGGUCUCACCAUCAGUGAGGCAUGCAUCGCGCCGGCCAUGCCCAGCAAGCCGAAUGAUCCAUCAGCGAAGAAACUGGGUGCCUACCUUGUCCAGUCUCAGCUGCAGGCAUCUGGCAACUCCAGUGCUCUCUUUCUGACCGCUGCUGCGCAGAAUCUCUUGUGUUUGAAGUUAGCGGAGGAGGCUGGUGUCAAAAUUGCAAGCCCGUGGAUAUCAUGGUUCAAGGUUGCAAGUUUGCCUGCCAUCAUUUCGCUUUUAGCAACACCUUAUUUGCUAUACAAAAUAUUCCCUCCAGAAAUAAAGGACACUCCUGAAGCCCCUGCAUUAGCUGCUCAAAAACUAAAGAAAAUGGGCCCAGUGACAAAAAAUGAAUGGGUCAUGGUUGCUACAAUGAUUCUUGCAGUCUCACUCUGGAUUUUUGGGGAUGCUAUUGGUGUGUCGAGUGUUGUUGCUGCAAUGAUUGGGCUUUCAAUUCUUCUUCUACUUGGAGUGAUGAACUGGGAUGAUUGCUUGAAUGAAAAGUCUGCAUGGGACACUUUAGCUUGGUUUGCUAUUCUAGUGGGAAUGGCAGGGCAGCUCACUGACCUCGGGAUUGUGUCAUGGAUGUCAAACUGUGUUGCAAAGGUUCUUCAGUCUUUCUCAUUGAGUUGGCCUGCAGCAUUUGGUGUUCUUCAGGCCUCCUAUUUCUUUAUUCACUAUCUAUUUGCAAGCCAAACUGCACAUGUUGGAGCUCUAUACUCGGCGUUUCUUGCCAUGCACCUAGCAGCUGGUGUUCCUGCUAUACUCUCAGCACUUGCUCUGACGUACAAUUCAAAUCUCUUUGGAGCACUAACACAUUAUAGCAGUGGGCAGUCCGCGGUUUACUAUGGAGCUGGGUAUGUUGACCUUCCUGAUGUAUUCAAGCUGGGGUUUACAGCAGCAGCGAUUAAUGCUUUGAUUUGGGGAGUAGUUGGUACAUUUUGGUGGAAAUUCUUGGGUCUUUACUGA